AUGGCGACUGUCGUGAAUGGCCAAGUAUAUACCCCAGGGCUGGCCAUUGUGGAUGCGCCGCAGCCGUAUACCCCGUUAGGGGGAGAUACGCUUCAGGUGGCCAUCGACGUCUCUGGGAACGGCAAACUAUCCUCCUCAAAUUCGGAGACGGAAUUCCACGAGAUCACGCUGUUCCUCACCUCCAACGACCGGUCCAAAAACUUCACCAUCUCCAACGGCACCUCAUCUGGUUCCCAUGCAUACGUAGGCCCCGUGCUGGACCUGGAGCCCUCGUCGACCGUCAAACACGUCGACUGGACCUGGCCGGCCUGUCUGGUCGGCGAGGGCGACGGCGGCUCUGGCUCUGCGCGCGGCGACUAUAACAUCUCGAUGCACCAGUCCUUCCGCUGGAACGGAACAGACUACUACACGGUUUUUGAUCUGCCGAUCUCGGUUACCAACAGUAUUGAAGAGUCGAAUGAUCGUGUGGAUUGCGAGUUGCUCGAGAAUGAAUUGCUUUCGCCUGCGGUGGUGACGGCGAGUAAUGAUUCCUUGCCGGCGCAUCCGUGGCUGUCGGGGAAUUUUAGCAGUGGUAGUAGUCAAGAGGGCGAGACGAACCCUGGGAGUCGCAUGCAGUCUGGAGUGAAGGGGGUAGUUGUACUUGCCAUGGUGGUGGCGAUCAUCUUGCAUAUAGCUACUGGUUGA